UUCACAGUCACAUUACUGUUGUCUGACGAAAAAAGAUUCUCUCCUGGCUAACGUUUCUGAUCACAUAUUUAAUCAGGUCAAUAGAAUCAAAAGCUGUAUCAGUUUGGUUGGUAGUAUCGCGAGCAUGCAUAUGGUGUUUUGCUAUCCAAUAUUUAAUUUACUUCUUUAAUCUUAUAUUAUUUUAUUCACGUUUUAUUUUUAUAUGUGGGUUCAUUUCCCUCUCUCGCGACACGACUUGUAUUAACACAAUAUUAUCACUUUCAUAUGCAUGUGGUUUUUUUGUAGUGAGACCAAACUUUAUUUGAUUUCUGGAGAGUAGGCCAUAAAUGUCAGGUUCAUAAACAAUUAUGACAGAUGAAAUUCCAAUAGUUGAUCUAUCAAAAUGUGGACUCCAGGUUGAUGAUGCAGAAAUAUGUGAUGAAACCAUCCAUGAUGUGGGGAAGAUCUUAUACCGCGCAUUCACGACAUCCGGAUUCGUCUACUUGUCAAAUCACGGAUUACCAAGUGAAUCGAUUGAUGGAGUAAACAAAGUCGCAGAAGAAUUUUACUCACUUCCUCUAGAAGAGAAAAGAAAAUUUUACCUUAAAAAAUUUGAAUUUGGAUAUGAUCCAGUCGGAAGCGGAAAGUAAGCAUUGGCAAUUCGCCAUUUGGUGAAGUUCUUAAAAUAUACAUGUUGUGGUGCAUUAACUAAUCGUUAACAAAAUUUUUGUUUGAUGAACAAAAUAGCUGGAGUUCGAAUAUUUGAUAUUAACGAUUUUCAUCUAUUUUUCAACAUGGCUAACCCAAAACGAGAGUUCGAUUACUACGAAGGAUUUCGUAUCGCUGGUUCCGCCAUGGAAGACGAAAGUACACCCUGGCCCAAUGUUCCAAAGUUUAAAGAAAAGCUCUUAGCAUUAGCUGAUAUAUGUAAAAUACUCGAGAUGAGACUGUUAAGAGCUCUCGGAAGUGCAAUGCGAUUAAAAGAUCCUGAAUAUUUUUGUAAAUGCCAUUCGCUGAUGAAUAAAAAGGGAAAUAUGACAAUGAUAAAAAUUGUGAGUUAUCCGCCAGUUCCCACCGAUGAUACUCUAAAAGAAAACCAAUUCCGUAUAGCUGACCAUACAGAUUGGACAACAUUGAUUCUGUUAUUCCAGGAUCAAAAUGGAGGAUUACAAGUAAUGAAUGCGAAAGGAGAAUUUACUGAUGUUACACCCAUACCAGGAACAAUAAUCGUAAAUCUUGGCGAAACGAUGCAGAAAUGGAGUGGAGGAAGACUACGUGCAACGCGUCAUCGUGUAAUGCCACCUCGCGAUCAAAGUAACAGGAUGAAUACACGAAGAUCAAUCGCGUAUUUUGGCCAAGCUCAUGAUAACGCUUUGAUGAAGGAAUUCGAGUAUGAAGAUGGGUUUGGUCACAAAACAUCUAAUGUUGAAACCGACAAGAUUACAGUAAAGGAAUACACAGAUAGGCGUUUCAUGGAAGUAUUCCCGUAAUGGUGAUAAAAAGAUUAUGACUCACAAUCUUUAUUUUGAUCAAAAUGGAACAUUAGUAUAAGAUAGCUAGAGAUUACAGCAUGGAAAAGAUGUGAAAAUAGCUCAUCUGUAGUGAAUCUGUGAAUAAUUUCCAAAUAGUGAUCUGAUCUAAUCUAUCAAGUAACUCGUCUCAUAAGACUUUUUUACUUCUAUGAUCAUCAGUAUAUCUUUCUAUCUACUCGAUUUGUUUACUUUUAGAAUUUGCAUUUUUCAAAAUUUUAUCUUGUAAUCAGCACGUAAAUUGUGAUUAAAACAGCCAUGCAGAUGCUAAAAUCUGUUGGUGAAAAUGUUUUGGUGCAAAUGUCCGUGGGUGCAAAAGUAUACAAGUGCAAAUGUACGCGAGUGCAAUGUGCUGUCACCUACAGCAACUUUUAUAUUUUAUAUGUAUAAGCAAAUUAGAAUAAGUUCAAUUUUCCUCGUCUCUCAGUGGUAUUGUGGUGAACCGAAUAUAUUCACAAUCGAAUAUAAACCUUAAUUAAACCGAUAAUAUUAUUUCCGAUUCUCAAAAAAUUUUUGCAAUGCCAUCACAUGAUUAUUACAAAAUAAAAUUCUCAACACCAGAUUACUGCAUGUAUGACUGCCUACAGUUUUACUGUCAGCAUCCAAGUACUAUUACUAAAGUAAACAAUAACAAUAUAAACAUGUUAACCUGUCAAAUAGUUAUCAAUUCAUGAUA